CGUACGAUUCGAGCAAGCUUUAUGUAAUUUGUGAUGGUGGGAUCAUAGAUAUAUAGAGAUACAUAACCAGUGGAUAGUCAGUAAAUGCUUGCAGUCUAUUGUUAACAGCGCUUGUAAGUGUACUAUUAUUGACUUGUCUGCCGAGUAUUCGUUGGAGAGGAUGAUCUUCGCGUACUGAAAAAAUUAAUACGUCCAUUAAAUACGAAAUCUUCUUUGUUGCAAUCAACGUUACCAAUUUUUAUUCAAAUUUCUUUAUUUUUUUCCCCUUGCACGCCGGAUAUUCGGAUAUUUGUAACCAAAGUAUUGUAGAGUGAUCUUGUUGGAUCGCAUUCAGAAUCUCACAUUCACGACGGCAGACCUAGAUAUUUUUAAUGAAAUGGUUGAACAUGUCUCGAAGAAUUUUACCGUGGAAAAUGGCGUUUACAAGGGUCGAGCGAAGCAUACUUUGAAUAACUACAAGAGUGUCGGAGAAAUGAUAUGGACUAGCAUAAGAAGUCAUGGGAAUAAUAUCGCACACUUGGAUGCCCUCACUGAUGAAACGGUAACAUACGGGCAGCUGCAAGAUAAAGUUGUGAGAUGCGCCUUGUGGUUGCAAAAACGAGGAAUUAAAUCCGGCGACGUUAUCAGCAUGUGCACGGAUAAUCAUUUCAACUCCAUCGUGCCUUGUCUUUCAGCAGCUUAUAUCAAUGCAAUUUUCAAUGCGUGGAACGAAAAUAUGGAUUUACAAACUGCAAUGCACGUUUUGGAACUGACCAUGCCGAAGAUAAUCUUCUGCAAUGAGAAAUCCGUGGAUGUCGUCUUGAGGGCGAUAAAAGAAAAAAAUCGUAGUCCCACGGUGGUGAUUUUCGGCAAGCAUGUCGAUGCAAUUUCGUUUUCUGAUAUUUUAAACAAUUGUAACGAUGCGGAAGUCUCAAAUUUCCGUUACAUCGAACUCGACGACAUCAAAAAGACUGCAUGCAUCACGCAUUCGUCAGGCACUACGGGUUUGCCGAAAGGUGUCGAACUGUCCAACUACGCUAUAUUAGCUCUUAGUCAGGAAAACACUUUGGACAUGAAUAACAAGCCAUCACUUUGGUUUUCUUCUCUUUAUUGGCUGAGUGGAAUAUUGAUGAACUUCAUUGCGAUUGUUUAUGGUUCCAGAGUGAUACUUUAUCCAAAAUUUGACGAGGAGAUGACUUGUCAACUGAUAGAGAAAUACAAAGUAGCAAUUGUUUUCUUGAGCUCUAGCAUGUUCAAUCGGUUUCUCAAAGCGGGUUAUAUAAAGAAAUAUUCUUUAUCAUCUUUGAAAACAAUAUUAUGCGUUGGUGCAACAGUUAAGCCGAAAGUUCAGCAAGAAAUGAGAUGUAUUUUACCGCACGUCCAAAUAUUGCAAUGUUACGGAAUGACGGAACUUGGUGGUGGCGUAACAAUGCAACUACCGAAUCACAAGAACGGAUCUUGUGGAACAGUAGAUAGGAAUGCACAAAUAAAAAUCGUGGACCCAGAAAACGGAAAAGUACUUGGUCCGAAUCAGUCGGGAGAAUUAUGGAUAAAAUCUUCAAACAUAAUGACUGGUUAUUAUAGAAAUCCUGAGGCGACGAAAAGUAUGAUUGAUGAGGAAGGAUGGCUACACUCCGGUGAUAUUGGUUAUUUUGACAAUGAUGGGGAAUUGUUCAUUGUUGACAGAAUAAAGGAACUCAUAAAAUAUAGAGGCUAUCAGAUUUCACCCGGAGAAAUCGAAGAUGUGUUAAUGUCACAUCCAGCAGUGCUAGAAGUAGCAGUAAUAGGAGUACCUCAUGAGUUAGACGAUGAGCACCCUCUUGCUUUUGUCACCAAAAGGCCUAAUGUCAAGGUGACGGAACAGGAAUUGAUAGACUUUGUAGCGAAAAACAUGAUGGAUCAUUUCAAACUACGUGCAGGAGUGAUAUUUCUGGAUGCUUUUCCAUAUACAGGUUCAGGAAAAAUUGCGAGGAAAGAUUUAAAAGAAAUAGUAUCAGCUGCUUUCCUUGGUACAAGCAUGAUGAAUCGGUUACUCCAAUCAAAUCAGUUAAAGAAAUAUCAAUUAUCAUCUUUAAAAGUCAUAAUGGGCAGUGGUACAUCAAUUAGACCAAAAGUCCAGGAAGAAUUAAGACAUAUUUUGCCACAUGUCCAGAUAUUGCAAUGUUUCGGGAUGACGGAACUUGGUGGUUGCGCCACGUUGCAACUGCCAAAUAGUAAGAACGGAUCUAACGGAAUAGUAUCCAAGAAUGUGCAAAUGAAGGUCGUGGACCCAGAAAGCGGGAAAGUACUUGGUCCAAAUCAAUCAGGAGAAAUAUGCAUAAAACUACCAGGCAUAAUGACUGGUUAUUAUAAAAAUCCGGAGGCGACGAAAAGUACGGUUGAUGAGAAAGGAUGGCUACACUCAGGUGAUAUCGGUUAUUUCGACGAUGAUGGGGAAUUGUUCAUUAUAGACAGGAUAAAGGAUCUUAUAAAGUACAGAGCAUAUCAAAUCUCUCCCACAGAAGUCGUGAAUGUCUUAACAUCGCAUCCAGCAGUGCUAGAAGCUGUAGUAAUAGGAGUACCUCAUGCAAUAGAUGACGAACACCCUGUUGCUUUUGUCAUCAAAAAACCUGGCGCUAAGGUGACGGAACAGGAAUUGAUAGACUUUGUAGCAAACAACAUGAUGGAUCACUGCAAACUACGUGCAGGAGUGAUAUUUUUAGAAAGCUUCCCAUAUACGGGGUCAGGGAAAAUUUCAAGAAAAGAUUUGAAAGCAAUGACGAGGAAACUGGUGACGUACGACAACUAAUUAAUUAAAUUUUUCCAUAAUAAUGAAAUUUAUAUAUGUAUAUGUAAUUGUGCGUUUUACUUUAAAAUAAUA